AUGGCACAUAAUGUUAAAGUUUAUGAUACUUGUAUUGGUUGUACGCAAUGUGUACUUGCUUGUCCGUGUGAUGUAUUAGAAAUGGUUCCUUGGGAUGGAUGUAAGGCUUCUCAAAUAGCAUCUGCUCCAAGAACAGAAGAUUGUAUUGGUUGCAAGCGCUGUGAAACAGCAUGUCCUACAGAUUUUUUAAGUGUUAGAGUGUAUUUAGGUGCAGAGACUACGCGAAGUAUGGGCUUAGCAUAUUAA